AUGGAUCGCAUGGACGAUGCCGCAGUUGUGAAGCAUGUGCUUAGUAAUCGCACUAGCUACUACCGGAUUCUCUUUCUAGAACGGAACGCCACCACAGAGCAGAUUAGGAUUGCAUACAAAAAGAUGGCGCUUAAAUGCCAUCCGGAUAAAAAUAAGCAUUCUGGCGCCAGCGAAGCAUUUAAAAUAGUGGGCACUGCCAAUGCGACAUUGUCCGAUGCGACAAAGCGUCAUAUUUACGACACGAAGGGGGCCAAGGGAGUUCAAGAGCAUGAAAGUGGGGGAGCGAGUCGUGCUGGAGCCGCUGCGCGACGUGCACAUAAUGUUCCAAAUGACUUUUUUGAAGGAUUUUUUGGCCGCCAUACCAAUAUGCAUACUGCUGGGGCACAUGUGUACGAGGCGGAAAUUAAUCCCAACAUUCUGAUGGCUGCACCGUUGCUGAUAUUCUUGUUUUUAGCAAUUCUUCUACAGUCUUCUUUAACAGAUAUCAACGAAUACCAGGAUCCUCGGGUGAGCCGCGGUGGCAAAAGUGCAAACACAUUCAGUCUCACACCGGAUCCGCUGCAGGGCCACGUAGUGGAGCGUAUGACCUCCCAGAAUGGAUUACGAGUGAGGUAUUAUGUGCAUAGGGCAUGGGCGGAACGGGCCGCACGCGGCCAUGCGGAUGUGCGUCGUAUGGAACGUGAGGUUUUGCAGCAACAGCAGGAAUCCCUGUCCCGUCGCUGUGAGGCGGAGUCAUUAUCGUACAGAGCGCGCGGAAAGAAGGACACACCUCCUGUCUGCUCGGACUACGAGGCGUUUCGUCGAGCGGCGCGUUGA